AUGACCUCAAAUGACACUGAUAUCUACUCUGAGAAUGUGCUACUCUGUUAUCCACUCUUGCCGGACUCCUGUCCAAGAACUCAGCGUCUCACUGCACUCACAGUAACCAUGUAUGCUUUCAUGAUGCUGAUGAUCCUCACUACGGUUUUUGGGAACCUGCUGAUCAUCAUCUCCAUCUCUCACUUCAAACAUCUGCAGUCUCCAACUCAUCUGAUCGUUCGCUCUCUUGCUGCCAGUGAUUGUCUGCUGGGCUCUUUGGUCAUGCCGUACAGCAUGGUGCGAUCUGUUGAAGGUUGCUGGUAUCUGGGAGAUGUUGUGUGUAAAGUUCAUUCAAGUUUGGACAUGACUUUCAGCAUCUCUUCUUUGAUACAUCUCAGUUUAGUAUCUGUGGACAGGUACUGGGCCAUUUGUGACCCUCUAAGAUACAGAAUGAGGGUCACAAACAACACUGUGACUCUAUUUACUGUUUUCACAUGGCUGUUUUCAUUUGCAUACAGCUUUUCUGUUGUGUUUUCAGGGGUAAACAGAAUUGGUUUGGAGACUUUUAUCAUGCAGGUUUACUGUGUGGGAAGUUGUGUUCUGUUUUUUAACAAGCAGUGGGGUCUUAUAUGUUCACUUCUCACAUUUUUUCUUCCCGGUACAAUCAUGAGCUCUCUAUAUAUGAAAAUCUUCCAUGUUGCACGAAAGCAUGCAAGGGUUAUGUCUGAAAGAGUGACUGGAGGUUUAAAGAAUCAAAGCUCUGCUCAAAGGGAAGGAAAAGCAGCUAAAACUCUGGCCAUUGUCAUGGGGGUUUUCUAUCUCUGCUGGCUGCCUUUUUUUACCGCCACCGCUGUUGAUCCUUUCCUCAAUUUCUCGACUCCUGUUCAUGUUUUUGAUGCUUUGGUUUGGUUCGGAUACUUUAACUCCACCUGUAACCCAUUGAUCUACGGUUUCUUCUAUCCUCGCUUUCAGAAGGCCUUUAAGAUUCUCAUAUCCACUUACAUCUGUGGCAGCAGCGAGUCUCACACCUUGAUUCCCGAAUGA